UGUAAAAACCAUGGAGUCAACAAUACGAGAAUUGUUAUCAAGUGCAACGAUUUUAGGAUGUUUAAAAUUAACAUUUGCGUUGCAUUUAAAUAUCCAGAAACCCGAUACGGUCUUGAUAAGUGUGCCGUUUGACCAAUUAAAAAAUAUUGAAUGGCUUGGAAAUCCUAACUACACGAAAUCGACAUGUGGGACGUUCAAAGCUUAUGACACCAAAACGGUAGAAAAAGUUGUCGGGAGAUGGUAUACCAUUUACAUGUCAAAUAUUCCAUCAACCACGGAUUAUUGUAGUCAAUUUACAAAUAUCAAAAGUCCGUGCAAAUGUAUUGGAAUUGAUUUCACAAUAAGUACAAAAGAUGAUACCAUUUCAUUUGUCAUGUUUUCUUCAAACACAAAUGAGAAUUCUGUAACAUAUGAGUUAGCAACAGCUUCAUUAAUCGGAAAUAGACAGUUAAACAUGGAAAAAAUAAUACUACGAAGUUUUGUGAUAAAAUCCAAUGCUAGAAUAAAAGGACUAGGAGGUUUUGUAGUCCCACAUGGUGCUAUUGUUGAUUCUGAUGAUUUCAAAUCAUACAUGAUCCUGGUUUUCUGCCUAGAAAAGACAGCAAAACCUAUUAUUAUGGUUCUAGUAAAUGCGCUUCCCGCUUCUGAAAACAUCAUGGACAUAGCUCUAAAGUAUUUAAAUGACAAUCAUUUUAAUGCAAAGUUAUUUAGAGUACACCACAACAAUUGUAAGUAUGCUCAAAAUAUUGUUGGAUACUAGCCAUUAUUAAGAACCAUUGUAAAAUUGUGCUCUUAAAUUAUUAAAGU